CUUGCAUAACACUGAAAUGGACAAAUUGGCAUUAUUGAUAAGCUGAUGUAACACUGUGGGCUUCUUUCCAAAAAGAAGUGGUCUUGAUUCUGCUUCUACUUGCAUUUCCUGUAUUGUGUGUAACAACUUUUAGGUGAAUAAAGUGAAUAAAGCAGGGUGAAUAAAGUCAGAAGAUGAAUUUACAGCUAUACAACCAUGAAGGUAAAUGCAGAGUGGAACAAAGCCAGCAGUGGGGCUACCUCUCAGGAAAUACUGUAAUUGUACCAUAGAGGAUGUACUGCCUCCAAGUAUUUGGAAAGAAGGGUUUGCCCUUGCUCUGCUGUGUCAGGAUGAUCUUUCUGUGCCAGCUGGAAUGGACCUGGCUGAACCUAAUCUAGUGAAUGGGGCAGUCUUUCAUCAGAUGAGCUUCCUGGUCCUGGUUCAUGGUGUAGCUUCAGCCCUGGUGCAGGAGAUCAGUUUGGGGUUUUUCUCUCAUUUUUCGCUUCUGCAGGCUUCAGGUGGAGAUGUAGGCUGUGGCUGACAGUACCCGGGGCAGGCUGACCUGAUUAAGUGGCUGUCUCCUCACCUAGCUCUGGCGUGCAGCCAGCGCUCCUGUAAAUAGGCUCCACUUGCGGACAGCCCCCUGGCCUUUCCUCUUCCUUCUUUUCCCCGUUGGUUGUGACACUAGUGAGCUAAGUCAGCUCACCUACAGCUGAUGGGGCAGGCUCUAGAGAUAGCAUGAAAAAAGAAACAGAAGCCAAGACCUAAAAGUGGGACUAUCCCUUUGGUGCCCCAAACUGUAAAAACAAUUUGUCAGUCACCUGAAGAUUUAUUCCAGUGAUUCUGUUUUCUCAUGUUUCCUUGUGCUGUAGAACGUACUUACAAGAAAAGGUAGUGAGAGCACUGAUUUUAAAUUAAUUGCACAGGCAUGCCUACAAAUGCAUCUCUUUCUGUAUUGCUCUGUACCUUUUAAUUACUCCCUUAUGCUUUUGGAGUCAUCUCAUUUUCCCUUGCUUGCCUGCAGGUCCAGCUGCUUCAGUUUCGUGUUGUGACUUGUCCCCUGUAUAUGCACUAAAUCUUGGUCUCACACGAAUUUAAAAAACAGUAUCUAACUGGGUGUCAGGGGUCACACAAAUAUUCCUCAGUUCAUUGAUAAAGACAGUCUUACUCCUUUAAGUAUGCCAACUGUUCUACCCUCUUGAACAGUGUGGUUUGUAGAACAAUAAUCAAGAAUAGCUCAUUUAACUUGUCAUGCUCAUUGAGCUUUUCCUGUAUGAAGCACUGAGCACAGUAGCAUCAUUUGUUUCACAAAUGUGUUUGAAUUCCUCGGCUUAAUUUAUUAUCUGUAAAGCAUCACAGAAAACUACUCUAACAUAUAAAGAAAUCUUGGGGGGAUCUUUAACUUAUUUCAGCACUAACUCAGGCACAUUUAAUCAUAGAGGGAUCGUUAAGUGCAUUCUAUUUUAUGUGUAGGAGUUUAUUAAACAGCUUUGGCACAGGCUGUGCUGAAUUCUUAAUUAGUAUAUGAUUAGUUUGAUAAUGAAAGAGAGGACUAGUUUCCAUUUUAAGGUACAGAAUACCUGUAAGCCCAGUGUUAUGACCUGAGCUAAAAUCCUUAGUUGACUUUGAGAUGUAUUGAAAUCACUAAGUACUGAAGCAGUAUGACUACAGAGAGGAUUGUUUCCUCUUCUUUUGCAGUUAGUUUUCUGUUAUGUUAACUUUUUGAGCUUUCAUAAAAAGUCAUGUUGACUGUCCUGUAUUUGUCUUUACUGUGUGUCAUGGUUUAACCACAGGCAGCCACUUGCUCACUCCCCCACCAGUGGGACUGGGGAGAGAACUGGAGGGGAAAAGGCUGGAAAACUCAUGGGUUGAGAUAAGGACAGUUCAGUAGGGAAAACAAAAGCCACACAGACAAAGUGAAACAAGGAAUAAUUCACUGUAUCCAGUUGACAGGCAGGUGUUCAGGCAUCUCCAGGGCAGGUUGGUGGCUCAAUAUCUGAUGUGAUGGCAGAGCCCUAUCAUGCGUAAUGAUUACUUGGGAAGACAGAUCCCAUUGCUCUGUCUCCUUCUUCCUCUUUCCAUUUUUAUAUACUGUGUAUGAUGUCAUAUGGUAUAGAAUAUACCUUUGGUCACCUGUCCUGGCUGUAUCUGCUACCCAUCUCCCAUGUACCUCCAACUUCCUUACCAGUGUGGCAGCACAAAACGCAGAAAAAGUCUUGGCUGUGUGUGAACACUGCUCAGAAAUAACAACAAAAAUCUCUGUAUUAUCAGCCCUGUGUUCGUGGCAAAUCCAAAACACAGCCCCAUACCAGUUGCUGCGAAGAAAAUUAACUUUCCCCUACCCAAACCAGCACAGUGAUAAAAGAACAAAAAGUAAAGUUCACAGUAACUUCUGCAGUUGUAACUAGUUAAUGUAUCUGUACCUCUAAAGUAUCUAGAACAUACUUGUGUAACUUUGUUAGUUUAACAGGUUGAUUUCAUCUUGGAAAGACCCCUGUAUUAAGACACAUUCCAUACAUAGUAACUAGAAGAAUUAGUGUUCAUUCCAUAUAUACAGACUCAAACUGGUUGAACAGUGCCAGCAGGGUAGGUUGAACUACUAAAAUUUUACAAACAUUGUUUUUGUACGAUAAAAGUGGUCAGAGGUAUGACAGUUCAUUUACUGUAUUUACUUUUUUCCAAAGUAAACCAAAGAUCUUUUGAAUGGACAGAAUUUUCUCAUGUUCUAUCUUCAUGCUGAUGUGGUUUGUUCUUACUCAUUUAAAGGACAUUACAUCAGAAUCAAGGUACUUGAUAGUGGGGCAGCUUUACUAACAGUGUAAUACAAUAAAAUGAGAGAUAUUAUUUAUAUCAAAUUGAGCAUUGAAACAAAGAAAUAUGCUUCCUGCUACUACUUUCAAAGUCCUUAGUCUACCCUGGAAUAAUAUUUAAAAAUACUAUUAAUAGGAACCUCCUACUAGGACAGUUAAAGUUGUAUAACUUUCUCCCUGGAGAAGGGUAAGUUAAACAGUGAUGUCUGCUGGGUGUAAGUUAACUGUACUGGUGGAGAGGUUAGUGCUUCUGACUACCAGCCUUCAAAACUGCUCUCAUGGGAAUGUUUUCUUUUCAGAACUGACCCAUUUCAGUUCAAGUAGGCCUGAAAUACUUUUACAAAUGAUGCUGUCAAACACUCAAGGAAUAAAUUGGAGAACAAGUGCAGUGAUUAUCCUUGUAAAGCAGGUCUAAUCAAUGGAUGUCUAAAGAGUGAUUAAGCAUACCUGAUGUGAAGUCUAACACAGAUAUCCUAGGAAAUUCUGGUGAUUAAAGAUCAUGGCAACCAUAGAGGAACUGGCCCAUCAAAUUUUUGAACAGCAAAUGGGAGAGGUUCCACAUUCCCAGGAAGCUGGUACACAGACACUAAUGGAUGGGACACCACAAGGAAUACAGAUUGUCCCUGCAGAUUCGGGUGUCUCUCUGUCCCAGCGGAUACAGAUUGUCACAGAUCAGCAGACGGGCCAGAAGAUUCAGAUUGUUACAGCACUUGAUCAGAGCUCAGCAGGCAAGCAGUUCAUCUUAACAAAUCAUGAUGGCUCUACCCCAAGCAAGGUGAUCCUUGCCAGACAAGAUUCCACUCCAGGAAAAGUUAUCCUAGCAACUCCAGAUGCUUCAGGUGUCAACCAACUGUUUUUUGCAUCCCCUGACAUAUCUGCACAACACAUCCAGAUUUUAACAGACAACUCCCCCAAUGAACAGGGCCUAAACAAAGUGUUUGAUCUGUGUGUUGUAUGUGGAGACAAAGCAUCAGGCCGUCAUUAUGGAGCAGUAACCUGUGAGGGGUGCAAAGGAUUCUUUAAAAGGAGCAUCCGGAAGAAUUUGGUUUAUUCCUGCCGAGGAGCAAAAGACUGUGUCAUUAACAAACACCACCGGAAUCGCUGUCAGUACUGCAGGCUGCAGAGAUGCAUCGCCUUUGGGAUGAAACAAGAUUCUGUACAGUGUGAGAGGAAACCUAUUGAAGUGUCAAGAGAAAAAUCUUCAAACUGUGCAGCUUCUACAGAAAAGAUCUACAUUCGCAAAGAUCUUCGUAGUCCAUUAGCUGCAACCCCAACUUUUGUAACAGACAAUGAAACAGCAAGAUCAACGGGUUUGCUGGAAUCAGGAAUGUUUGUUAACAUUCAUCCGUCUGCAAUAAAAACUGAGCCUACUGUGCUGAUGACUCCAGAUAAGGUAGAAGCAUGUCAGGGAGAUUUAAGUACACUGGCAAAUGUGGUGACUUCAUUAGCAAAUCUCAGUAAAUGCAAAGACAUUUCACAAAGCAGUACAGAGCUGUCUGUGAUCGAGAGUUUGAGUAAUGGAGAUGCAUCAUUAUCUGAACUCAAGCAAGAAGAACAAGCUAGUACUGAUGUUACAAGGGCAUUUGAUACUCUUGCAAAAGCAUUAAAUCCAGGAGAGAGCACAGCGUGCCAGAACUCUGAAAGUAUUGAGGGCAAUGCACAGCUGCUUGGUGGAGAAACAAGCAUGAACAUUGUUGAAAUAGAGGGGCCACUGCUCAGCGAUGCUCAUGUAGCAUUCAGGCUCACCAUGCCUUCUCCUAUGCCUGACUAUCUUAACGUUCACUAUAUCUGCGAGUCUGCCUCCAGGUUGCUUUUCUUGUCCAUGCACUGGGCACGUUCCAUUCCAUCUUUCCAAGUUCUGGGACAGGAUAACAGCAUAUCAUUAGUAAAAGCCUGCUGGAAUGAACUUUUUACGCUUGGUCUAGCACAGUGCUCACAAGUUAUGAAUGUGGCAACGAUCUUAGCUGCUUUUGUUAAUCACCUUCAAGGCAGUUUACAACAAGAUAAGCUGCCAACAGACAGAGGAAAACUAGUAAUGGAGCAUGUCUUCAAAUUGCAAGAGUUUUGUAACAGCAUGGUUAAACUGUGUCUAGAUGGAUAUGAAUAUGCAUAUUUGAAAGCAAUUGUCCUCUUCAGUCCUGAUCACCCAGGUCUAGAAAAUGUGGUACAGAUUGAGAAAUUUCAAGAAAAAGCUUACAUGGAGUUCCAAGACUAUGUAACAAAGGCAUAUCCAGACGAUACUUACAGACUGUCUAGACUUCUUCUCCGAUUGCCUGCUCUUCGUCUGAUGAGUGCUGCCAUCACUGAAGAGCUGUUCUUCGCAGGACUGAUUGGAAAUGUUCAGAUUGACAGCAUCAUCCCGUACAUUCUGCGAAUGGAGACCGCAGACUACAACUCUCAGAUCAUAGGUCACGGUGUGUAAAAGUAGCAGGCCAGGAUUCUGUACCAUGGCAAUCAUGGUGAUGUAAAUGCAUACCCUGUCUCCAAGAGAUGGUCAUAAGCCUUCCAACUCACCUUUCCAAAGAAGGCUCAUAUUCCUCCUUUCCAGUACACUUGGGAAACAUGGUGGAGUGUAUUAGGAUAUAGGAUCACUUCCUGUUCUUCAUCUGUCUUCAAGGACUUGUAAAUUAACUUGAUAUCUGAAGAAAGUCAAGAAUUUGAUCUGCCUAUUUUUGUAGGUAGACAGACUGGGAAUAUUUAUAAAGUUCAGGCUCAUGAGGAAACUGAAGAAGCUUUGACUGAACUAAGGUGUCUCAACUUAGUUUGAUGUUUUAGACAAAUAAAUUAACUUUCCUCUCUGAGUUUUGUUUUCAGUGUUUUGCUACUAUUUCUUUUUCACGUAUCAAAUUGAAAAUACAUAACCAAACAUCCUGAAAAGCCCAGUUUCCAUGCAGACAAGAUCCAACUUAGUGUUGGCUGUUGUUUUGAAGAGAGAUUUGUUUCUUGCUGAAUUAAACCCUGGGUAUCAUUACAAGUGCAAAUCAUUACAUUUUAAAAUAUUCUGAUGCAGUUAACAUUGAUGCAGUUGAUCAAGAGAAGCAGCAGAGAGUCAGUAGUGACUGUUCUGCAGGUGCAGCAGAAUACUGUAUUGUAGCAAUAACAUGGUAGACACCAGCUGUUUUAUACUGGAAAGAACUAACAGAGAAGUGUAUACUGCAGGCAUUCAAAGACAGCACUCCUGCUUUUUCUGGUCUCAGAGCUUUUUCAUCCCACCCCUUCCUCUUUCAUACUCAGUGCCCAGUAUGUGAUGGAGGUAUUCUAGAUGCCCUUAACUUCUGUCCAUGUCUUUAUUUUUUGUUACAGCUAGCCCUUGAGUAUGUAAUUCUGUUUUCCAACCAGUCCUGUAUGAUGAGAUUUCAAAUCUGAGUUUGUCAAAUCCAGUCUUUCCAUAUGAGAGCAUAGCCUCUGCUGCUUUUCCCUUCCUUAUUAGAAAUGGGUCUAGAUACUCCAUACAUGUUGCCUGAAUCAUACUCCAUAGCUCCAUCUAAGGAUGAGUUUAAAUGUUCCUCUGUCUUGAGGAUGUGACUCACCUGACAAGUAACACUGACAUGUGGUUGCUUCUUGCAUCCUUUAGCAACAGGAAGUUAUGCACCUCUGGCAUUAUUUCCUGUUGGUUAAAAUGAGAGAAGUAUCCUAGUGAAAGUGAUGGUCUUCUCCAGACAGUAGCAUUUAGGAUUUUCUGAAUCUUGGGUCAAGGCUGAGUUCUAUUUAGCAUGACUCCUUUCUUUCUCUGAUAUAACUGAGUGAAGAAGAGCCUCACCCAGUCAAGAAACACAUGGUUGCACUAGAAAUUGCUUAGCCAGAAGAUCAGAUUGAGUGGAGGCCUUUACCCAUUCUGCAGUGGCAGUUCCAAGGCCACCCUAACACCAAGAGACUACUAGGUGAGGCUUGGGUUCUAAAGUUUUUGAGUUCUGUAGUUUUUCUCAGCACCUGAGGAUCUCUACCAGACAGAAAACCUGACAACUGCUUCUGACACUGAAUUUCUGUGUUCUUCUCAAUUCCACUAACUGAGCUGAUUGGAUCUUGCUCUACCAAAGCUCCAUAAUCAGAGACUGUAUCAUAAAAUCACAGAAUUAGAUGAUGGUUGGGGUUGAAAGAGACCUUAAAGAUCAUCUAGUUCCAACCACCUGUAUGGACAGGGACAUCUUCCACUAGACCAGGUUGCUCAGAGCUCCAUCAAACCUGGCCUUGAAUGUUUCCAGGGAUGGGGCAUCCAUAGAUUCUCUGGGCAACCUGUUCUAGGGCCUCACCAUCCUCACAGUCAAGAAUUUCUUAAUAUCUAAUCUAAACCUAUUCUCUUUCAGUUGGAAGCCAUUUCCCCUUGUCCUGUCACUACACACCCUUGUAAAAAGUCCCCCUCCAUCUUUCUCACAGGCUCCCUUCAGGUCCUGGAAGGCUACAAUUAGGUCAGUCUGAACCCUUCUCUUUUUCAAGCUGAACAGUCCCAGUUCUCUCAGCCUUUCCUCAUAAGACAGGUUUUCCGUCCCUCUGAUCAACUCAGUCCACCUUAGUACUCUCUCCACCAGGUCCCUGUCCUUCCUGUGCUGGGACCCCAGAGCUGAUGCAGCCCUGCAGGUGGGGUCUCAGGAGCAGAGGGGCAGAAUCCCCUCCCUCCUCUGCUGCCCACACUGCUUUGGAUGCAGCCCAGGACACGUUUGGCUUUCUGGGCUGGGAGUGCCCAUGGCUGGGUCAUGUCCAGCCUCUCACCCACCUGCACCCCCAAGUCCUCAGCAGGGCUGCUCUCCAUUUGUUCAUCCCCAGCCUGGACUGACAGCAGGGGCUGCCCUGACCCAACUGCAGCACCUUGCACUUGGUCUUGUUAAUCCUCAUGAGAUUCCCAUGGACCCACUUCUGGAGCUUGUCCAGGUCCCUCUGGAUGGCAUCCCAUCCUUCAGGUGUGUCAACCACACCACUCAGCUUGGUGUCAUCAGCAAAUCUGCUGAGGGUGCACUCGAUCCGUUUGUCUACGUCAGUAAUGAAGAUAAUAAAUAACACUGGCCUUGAUAUGGACCCACAUAUCACUGAUGUCUCCUGGGAUUCUGAGCCAUUGAACACUACUCUCUGCUUGUGACCACCAUCUACUUCCUUACUCAUUUAACAGUCCACCCAUCAAAUCCAUCUCCAGAAAGAAGAAUGUUGUGGAGGACCAUACAACACAACUGGCCAUAUCCAAUCCCACAGAUCAAAGCACUUAGUGCUGAGGACCCCUGAUGGCAUGGGGGUGUGCGUGGGCCUUUGCUGAGCCUUUGCACUUUCUGACUUGCUGCAAGACAGCUUUCAGUGUUGGAACUGUCCAUGGCAGCUGAGCUCUUCUCAUGAUACACUUUUGAAGGCCGUGGGGUUCAAGUCCUUUAUCUGUGUUUCUGGGAGAGCUGUAUGGAGAUGACUGUCCUGUGCCUCAGGAGGAGUGCAUCUCAUCAGCAGAGUUUAUGGAAGUAUGAAGGACUGUAUGAAGGGUUGCUGUCAACCUGCUGUGCUUGUUCUUUCUGAAUGGGUUAGAGGCCCACUUUUGAUCUGUAGGACCAAGUUGCAGAUGGGAGGUUGAUCAUUCUCCUCAGAAAUUCUGGCCCUGCUUUCUAGUCCCUUGCUAUCCCUAACCCAUUUCCAGCCCUCAGUUCAGCCAUCUUUAUUGCUUGAAGGGACCUUGAAAGAUCUUUCAUUCCAACGUUUCAUGGGAACAGGACCCCAGAAGAGACAUCUAGUACCCUGUCCAGUCGCAUCUUGUGCUGAUUGCUCUCAGCAUGAGAAAAGUCUAUUAGAUAAAGAUCAUCAAAACUUCUUCAAGAGAGUGGCCUUGCACCAGUGUCAGCCACUUCGUUUAAUAUUCUAGGGUGGAUUUCUUAGCCCGUGGAUCUCUGUGGGUUGAGCCCUUGCAAGAGGCUGCAGACCAGCUGUUCACCUACUGGUGGGCUGACACUUGCAUUGUCAUAGAUACUCGGUACGGUGCUCUGUGGUCCAGCUAUGCUGGUAAAGAUGGAAGUAAAGAAGAUACUGAGAACCUCUGCCUUAUCAGCAUGACGAGUGAGUAGUUUCCCUGCCUAGUUAGGCAAUGGCUCUCUAUUCCCUGUGCUUCUUACUACUCACAUAUCUGUAGAAACCUUUCCUGUUACUCUUGACAUCUCUGGCCAAUUCUAGUUCUGUCUGAGACUUAGCAUUCCUGACUGCAUCUCUGCAUGCCCUAGCAAGGUUUUUGCAAUCCUUGGGUAUUUAGCUGCCUUUCCAUAACUAGUAUAUGUCUUGGGGUUUUAUUUUGGUUUGUUUUGUUUUUUUGGGGGGGUUCUUUUAAAAUUUUACUUUAUUUUAUUUUAAUUGGAGCACUGUUCUGGAGGGGAUGUCCUCAGAACCUGAUUUUCUCUGGAUUCCUGUCCUUGUUUCCUCUUUGUCCCCUAGUCUGUUUAUAUGCAAGUUAACCUCAGUUAUACAUGGAUUGCAACUACCACGAGCUGCUGGGUCAAGACUAUGUGCUUAGGACAUGUUAACACAUAAGCACAGAAACCUUGCUCAUGUUUCACAUCAGGUUGUUUAAAUUCAGGUGUUUAUAUACUGUGAGGGCCAAAAAAACCCUGCAUGUUAUGAUCUUGGAUACCUCUGAUGUUUGGACCUCUAAAGAGCCAAAGUAUGUAUGCUAUGCAUACAUACCACACAUAGCAAACAGCUCUGGCUCCUGGUAAGUGACCUUUUACCCCCAAAGUUUUACAUUUUUAUGAUAAUAAAUUUUCAAGAUUGAUGUAAAUGUGGAGUACAGCUGAUCUAUGCUGCCUACCAAGUAAUUUGUUUUGUCUUUAUGAUGAUCUAAGAGAUGCAUCCCAUACAGGAGGUUGUUGUUUCAGUGUUACUUUGCUCAGCAAGAUCUUCAUUAAUUAUUUCAAAUGUUUUCAUUAAUCAUUCAAUAUAAAAUCAUCCUUUUGAUAAGGAAUGUGGCAUAACAGGGUUUUCUCAGGAAUGGGAGCUUUAAAACAGGUAAACACAGGAAUCAACAUGGUUUUUCCUUAUUCAUCCAUGUUAACCUUUACAAUUGUCUAAGAACAAUACAAUAGCUCAUGGAAAAAAACAAACCAUGAAGUUCUGGUUUUGUUCUGGUUAUUUUAAGGUAACUGCUUCUAAGGUAAUUGAAAUAUAUCAAGUUACCUUCAACCGAGACCCCUAGUGUUUCUAACAGUUAUUUUUUAUUAUUACAUGGUCUCACGUUACCACCUGUGUGAUUUAUUGUCAUUUAUAGUCUUGUGAAUGAAUAUUCCUUGGUCCUGAAUGACAGACUGGCUAAUAUUACUGGGUUUUGUCAGUACCACUGUCAAUACAAUAACAAAAAUGUGAGUAUUGAAACGUACUCCACCAUGGAUAUUAAAAUAUUUGAUUUUGUGAUUUCUUUUCGACUUUAAAUUACUUGUCAACUUUUUGAUCUUUACAAACCUUUACAGUUUUCAGAGCCAGUCAGGAUUUAACCAAAUUGUGGCAUUUACCAACCAAAAACUCUUCGCCAAUGAGAGGAAAAGUUUAGUUUCAACAGCUUUAAAUUUUUCAAUAUUGAGGGCAAGAAAAAUCAUUUUAAUAUAAAUCAUGUGAAAGGAAGAACAAUUUUAUACAUUUUAGAGUCCUAUAAUUUAAAUAUUAUAGUACUGUUACAUAAGAAGCUUACUAGUUCAAAUAUUUUUCAUGAACCUAUGUUGCACACGUGUAUGUGGGUUUAGGUUGCUUGUUUCAUACUGCUGAAGUUCCUAGUGCAAAUAAUUGUUACAUUUUAAACUUUUUUCAAGAGUACCUUCAUUGCAAUACCUCCCGUAGUUACAAACCUAUCUGUCCAUACAUUUAUUCUUGUGUGUGAUCUUCAGGGUCAGUGAAAGUCAGUCUCUGGUUUUUGACACUGGUCCUGUUCAUUUUGUUCAGCCUUUGUGGUUUGCUAGUACAUCAGUUCCAGUGUAAGCAAUAGUGUCACUGUUGUCUUGCUGUUGUAUAAAAAAAUCACUUUAAAUGUCUUGAAACCUGGCUAAAUUGGAAAACUCUAUUUUGGAUGUAUUUUUAAAAAUAAAUUGUAACUUUCUAUUAUAGAAAACAAUUGCAAUAUCCUAUUACUUCAUUAGUGUUUUAUACAGAUUGUCAUAUGAACCUAGAGCGCUGUACAUGAUUACAAAUAGUUUGUGGAUCUUUCACAUUUUUAUUACACAGUGUAGUAUUCUCAGUUAUAUUCUGUCUCUGGGAUUUGUGGUAGCUGCAAUAUCUUGCUGUUUGCUAAUCUUUGUUGCAAUUAACCCUUUGUUUCCUUUCCAUGCUGACUACUUUCUGGCCUAUGCAUUUGACAAUUAAUAAUUUAUUGUAAAAUUUAAUUUACCGGUGUUUUGGUUUUUAAAAUGCUGUAUGGAAGUAUGUAUUGUAAUGAACCUCGAUCAUGGAUUUUCAUGUCAUAUAAUGCAAUAAUGGAUAUUUGGAAAUUAGUAUUUGAUUAAUUACAGAUCAGUUUUAGGUUGAAAGUUA